AUGAAAGGCAGCAUUUUAGUAAGAAUCUUUAUUUUAGCCUCAUUAUUUUUCGCAGCAUGCGCUCAAAUAUGUAUUAUUUCGAGUAAAAAAACAGUUCCAGCUAUGAAAUUUUCGCCAGAUCCUUUGGAAGAAGUUGAUAAUGAAUUCCCAUUUGAUCUAUACUUCCCAUUAAUUAACAAAACAGCGGAUGAAAAGGAUGUAAUGAAUGCAGAAAAGUAUUUACAUCUUCCAACAUGGUCCGCAGGUUAUCUUGAUUGCAACAACGAACUAUCAGAGGUUUCAUGCUUUGAAAUUGUACGUGCUCAUAAAGCAAUUCAAACAUACGAAAAUACUGCAAAAUCAAGGCGUGUUACCGGUAAAAUUUAUAUAAAUGCUGAACCAUAUCCUUUAGCAGAUAGAAUGUCAAUGCUUUAUCACGCAUUUCUGAUAUCAAUGGUUACAAACAGAGUAGUUUACGUUAAAAAAUCUUUAUAUCCAUUCAAACUUCCCGAUUAUAUUAAAGAUUCCGGUGACAAUAUUCAGGGAAUUGAGUUACCAUCAGAUUACCAAUUUGGAUGUAUUGAUAUCAGCAACAAAUAUCCAGACCUUUUGAUCAAUAAUAUUACAUGGCCACAAGUAUUAUAUACUCAUUACAAAGUUGCACCAUUUUUACGUAAUAAUUUCGGAUUCCAUGCUGCAUAUUAUGUCGGUAAUUACUUAUUUGGCACCUCGGAGCCUCCAAAAGAUGAAUGCAAAUCUACGAAUGAUAAUGUACUUGAAGCGCAUAAUUUUAAUGAUGGAAUUGAAUUUAUUCCACCUGUUGGCAUCUCUAAAAGUCUUCUCGAGAGAUGUGAUGUCAAACCUGAAAUUUCCGUUGUAACAAAUGAUCCAAACGCCCGAUUUGGCGAAGGAUUUAGCGAUGUAACAUAUGUUACCGAUGAAGAUGAAGCAUUUGUAUGUGGUUUGAGAAAAAUUAUUUCAGCACAAAGAGUUGUUCACACAUUUGGAUCCAGAUAUGGCUGGUGGGCAGCUGCAAUGCAAGGAAGAAAGGGUGGAUACAUUAAUACUCUUGACAGAAUUUGUGUUAAAGUCGCAAAUUCUCAGGCAGCUUCAUUAUGGCAUACAUACUGUCCUGUUGAGAAGAACACAAUCAUGAGAACAAAUAAUAGAAUGUUCGUUUGCGGUCCCAAUGCAAAUGAUGCAAGAUUAUACGUCGAAUAUCUUUUAUGGUAG